AUGCGCGCGCCGCGCGCGCCGCGGCUCGCGCUCGCCGCCCUGGCGGCGCUGUGCGGGGCGGGCGAAGGCACGACUGCGGGCCUGGCGAACACGUUCAUAGAGGGGGUCGGAGUGGACGACAAUACGUUCUUCAGCCUUUGUAGCAGCGUGGGUGACCUGUCCGAGUCGCUCACGCUGUGCGACACCACCGAGAGCUGCCAGAGCGUCAUCGUCUACCAGUGCAUGUCGUUCUUCGCGUGCACGAGCGCGUACACCGUGUCCGAGAUCGCUGCCGCAGGUUCGGGCACGGGCUCGUGCACGUGGUCCAAGGUGGGCGACUCGACAACGGGCACCACGCUGACUCUGACGACGACCUCUGUGACCGCGACCACGAAGACCGACAUUGCGUUCGUGGAGGGCCCUAGGGUCGAUGACUUCGCGUUUUUCCUGUACUGCGACACCAGCUUCGGCACCCUGGAUCAGGCGGAGGCGACCUGCAAUGCCAUGGCAGGAUGCCAGAUUCUUCACUCGUACGGGUGCACCGCGACAACGUGGGUCGCCUGCAGCGGAAGCCCGGAGGACCUCAUGACUUACGGCGACGGCACGGACGCAUGCACUAUGAUUGACGCCAGGUUGGUUGCUUCAUCGACUCUGACAACAGCCACGACGACGGUCAUCACAAUUACAACGGCAAGUGCAACUGCAACGACAGGCAGCACAUCAGUCACAACGCCGACGUCUAUCACGACCGCGAGCUCGACGACUUUGACAACCAGCACUUCUACGCCAACGAGCGCUACUUCGAAAAGCACGACAACUACACAGAGCACCACCAGCGCGACAACUCGAUCAACAUUGACAAUAACCACCGCUACCACAACCACUUUGAGCACCGAAAGCAAGACCACCACCAGUUCAGCGAGCAGCGGCACAGCGACGAGUUCAACGACGCGCUCAACGAAGACGGUUACAACAUCUACAUUGAGCACCCGCAGCGAGACCAGCUUCACAUCGGUGAGCAGUGCCACAGCAACGACCACGAGUGUGACAACGAUAAGCGUGACGACAACAACGUGGACGACGACGACCGUCACAACUACGAAUACCAUUACGAUGACCAGCUCGUCUACGAUGCUUUCCACCAGUGUGAGUAGUAGCGCGAGUGCCACAACUAUCAGUUCGAUCUCAAGCACCACAGGCACAACAGGAACCAGUACGAAGACGACGGUGAGCACCACCAGCAGGACGACUAGCGCAACUGCCACAACUACCACCUGGACAUCCAGCACAUCAGGGACAACAGGAACCAGUACCAAGACGACUGUGAGCACCAUCAGCGGCACGACUAGCACAAGUGCCACAUCUAUGAGUUCGAUAUCCAGCACAACAGGCACAACAGGAACCAGUACCAAGACGACUGUGAGCACCAUCAGCGGGACGACUAGCACAAGUGCCACAUCUAUGAGUUCGAUAUCCAGCACAACAGGCACAACAGGAACCAGUACCAAGACGACUGUGAGCACCAUCAGCGGGACGACUAGCACAAGUGCCACAUCUAUGAGUUCGAUAUCCAGCACAACAGGCACAACAGUAACCACUACCACGACGACUGUGAGCACCACCAGCAAGACAAGCAGCGCAACUGCCACAACUACCACCUGGACAUCCAGCAUUUCAGGGACAACAGCAACCACUACCACGACGUCUGUAAGCACCACCAGCGGGACGACCAGCACAAGUUGCCACAUCUAUGAGUUCGAUAUCUAG